ACUACAAUUCCUCAAUAACAGAAACAUUUCCAGGCUGUACGCGCUCCCUCCGCCUCCGUAUAUUUUCGUCUCUCUCGCGCUCUCUCUCUCAAUCUCUUUCUCUGAGCUGGUUGUUUGUGCAUGGCAGUGAGCAUAUUGGCCCGGGAGGUAUCAGACCUAUGCCUUGGAAAGCCUGCGCUUAGGUGCCUCUCUGUGUCAGCCACCGUCGCCGACGCCCUCUCGGCUCUGAAGAGGCUAGGGGAGAGCUAUCUGAGCGUGUGGAGCUGCUGCCACAACGCGUCGUCGAGGACCAAGACCGCCGCCGGCUCCGAUGAUUGCCGAUGCGUGGGAAAGGUUUGCAUGGUGGACAUAAUCUGCUUCCUCUGCACCGCAGAGAACCUCGGCGCUCCUGCCGCCGCGCUUCAGUCGCCGGUUUCGGUUCUGAUUCCCAAGACCUCUGCUGGGAUCGUUAGGCAUUUGGAUCCCCACUCAAGCUUAGUGGAGGCAAUAGAUCUGAUCCUCGAAGGAGCACAGAACCUUGUGAUACCAAUACCAAGGCAAAGCCGGAGCAGCACAAGUUCAAGAAAAACCCUCCUCCUCAAGGCGGCAUCCUUCAACUCCACCCUCCACAACACCCGCGAGUACUGCUGGCUCACACAUGAAGACUUGAUCCGCUACCUCCUCAACUCCAUUGCCAUUUUCGCUCCCACCCCAAUCAACCCCAUCAACACCCUUAACGUCAUCGACACCAAAAACAUCCUCGCCAUCCAAUACGACGACCCUGCAUUGCCUGCAUUGCCCCUCAUCUCUCAGUCCCUCGGCAGCCAAACCUCGGUCGCCAUUGUCGACGUGGACGGCAAGUUGAUCGGCGAGAUCUCACCGUUCACGCUCAAUUGUUGCGACGAGUCGUUUGCGGCUGCCAUUGCGACACUCUCGGCAGGCGAUCUAAUGGCGUAUAUAGACUGCGGUGGUCCACCGGAGGACCUAGUGCAGCUGGUGAAAGAUAGGUUGGAAGAGCGAAACUUGGGGGCGGCGUUGGAGCUAAUGGAAGAGGAAUCAAUGAUCACAUCAUUGUCAUCAUCAUCAAUGUGUUCAUCUUCUUCGGACGAAGAGUUUGGGUCGGGGAGGAGCGGGAGGUUAGGCGGUUAUUCGGCGAGGCUAGUGAGGAGAUCAGAAGCAAUUGUGUGUUAUCCAUGGAGCUCGUUGGUGGCGGUGAUGAUUCAGGCAUUGGCGCAUCGUGUUAGUUAUGUGUGGGUUGUUGAAGAGGAUGGGAGUUUGGUCGGAAUUGUUACCUUUGCAGGCAUGUUGAAAGUUUUCCGGGAACGUUUGAACUCAAUAUAGGAUUAUCCCAAGGAUAUCCCAGAAGAAGAUGAGAACUCAGACUAUAUUACUGGACCAUAAAGAUAGCCAAAAAUCUGAGUCAACAAUGUUUUCAAGUAAUCAAAUACUUUGGAGUUUGAAUA